GGGGUGACCCUGAUGAGAGCAAGACGAAAAAUCUCCCAGUACGUUUUCUGAGAGGACACACAGGAUUACGAGCACAUUUAUGCAAUAUUGGACGUGUGAAUUCAAACGUAGGUAGAGCAUAUGGAGAGGACAGUGGAACUCUGGAGCACUUUCUUUGCCACUGCCAGGCACUCGUCGAAGUUAGUUCCGAGUAUCUUGGAGGUGAUCUUAUUCCGGAUAUAACAUUCCUGACUAGCACUGAUUGGAAGAUGCUUAGGAAUUACGUUCAGGAAACUGUGUUUCUGAACACUAAAAAAUAAUCCAAUCAGUUUCCUUUUUUCAUGAUAACGAGCGCAUAACAGUCCCGAUUGUGGACUAGAUGUAUUUCUUUGGAUUUGAACCUAACCUAACCUAAACCCACUAUUCCAGGACUGUUUUAUACUGUAACAAAAUAAUUUAAAGAUCAUCUCUUUGGUAUCCUCGUAUACUAUGUAAAAGUUUGGUAUUGUCUUAUUUACUGUUGAAAAUUACCGGGCUUAUUCAACAAGUAUUUCAGUUAAUUUUGUAUGAAAUCCAUCAAAUCUUAUAAGGAUCAUAAUCAAAUACUAACAAAAGAGUGAUUUUCUCUCAAGUCCCUUUCAAUAAUUUGCGAUUUCUUGGAACUCUCUAUUCUAGAGUAAACCCCAAUCAAUCGUGUCUAGUUCUUAAAUAUCUUCGCAUAACUUGCAUUAGACCAUAAUGGUAAUGUCCCAUUAACUAGUAAAACAUCGUGUCCGUUUAAACUUCUCUUAGGAACUUAUGAUCUAUAGUGUCCCAAAAGAGUUUUAUAGUAAAAAGUCUUAUGAACUUAGAACACUUCUACAGUCCGUAUGAUAUUUAAGUGUCUUAAGUGUUUUUGCCAGUUUGACUUAGUAUAGCUUUCUUUUUUAAGAUUGGAAUUAUUGCUCACGAGUAAUUUCACUUUAAAAUUUUUGGUGAGCAGUCCUUAUCUAUCGAGUAAUUUUGUUUCAAUAAAGUGACUCUAUUGAUACUUUACAUGUAAUCCCCUGAAAUUAUAUUACUUAAGCUGAAAAUCUACGGCAAAAUUCUGACAACAUUUCUAAUUCGAAUAUAAAUACACAAACAUCUACUUCAGGUUUUAAAGUUACGUUAGAAAGGAUACAAUUUGAAAAUGACAUAGAGAAAAUAAAACCAUUUGGAAUUUUCCACACAAAAUUCUUUUUAAUUUGUCUACCUUUAGUAUUUAACUAUAUCUUGGCCUAUCAUUCUUUUCAAAUAACAAUCCUUCCUACCUGUGAAAUGAUAACAUUUGACACUAUUUCACUCCUACCUAAUCGCUUAAAAUGUUUUUUAUCAUCCUAUAAAUAUUCUUCACUUGGUAACAACGAACAUCAUUCACUUCUCAAGUGUUUAACUGAUAACAUAUUGAAAGGAAGAAAUAUUUAAGAAAAAUUAUUCUUUAACAAAAAUGAUUCCCGAUUUAACUUACACUACCUUGAGAUCUGAAAUGGUUGCAAUUGGCAGUGAACCCGCCGACAUGUCCGUCGAUGAACCUGAACAUAUUUUAGCUGAAGCCUUUACGAUAACAACUACUACAUCGUCUCAUUUACAUCGUAUACCCAGUGGUUCGAGACAAUGGGAAUUUUAUCUUCAAGAUUUGGUCGAAUCAAAGACAAAACGUUCUGUACGUGUGAAACGAGAAACGGAAAGUAUUAAUGAUUUUCUUCAAAGAUUUCCCAUCUAUGAAAGACCUUAAAGAUCAGUUUACCGAUCUUCUGAUGAAAGAAGAUUGAAAUUUCAAUGUGAUUAUUUUAUACGAAUUUAAUUCAUUAGUUUUAAGUUACUUUUUUUUAAUAUGCAAAUUUUUAUAUUUUUUUUAAUUAGUUAUACUUUUAAUAAAUAAAAUUUAUCUCUUUA